AUGUUUAAUAAGAAAAGACCAAAUUCUUCAGAUAAAACUGGACAUUUAAAAAAAAAAUUCAAAGGUGACAAUGAUGAUUUUGAACAAUCUAUGUUUGAAAAUGAUCUGGCAAUUAUGGAUGAAAUGGAUAAAGAGUUUGAAUCUUCAGAAGCUACAUUGGGAGUGGGUCCUGAUCAAGAAGACUCCAGUGCUUUGUGGACUAGACCCAUCAUGAAAGUGAUUGAUCCAGCUACAGAAAGUUUAACUUUUCAACAACUUACCAUAGACAAUUAUAUCGGUGCACCAAUUAAAGGGAUGAGUGGCGUCCAGACUGGUUCAGUUCCCAUAACUCGGAUGUUUGGAAUCACUAUGGAAGGUAAUUCUGUAUGUUGUAAUGUACAUGGCUUUUCUCCAUAUUUUUAUACAACUGCACCUGAAGGAUUUGGCUAUCAAAAUUGUAAAGAAUUUAUAAGUCGUUUAAAUGCAAUUGUUUUGAAUGAUAUGCGUGGCAACCAGAAUAGAGUACAAGAGCCUGUUCUUAUGGUUGAAAUUGUUGAAAAAAAAAACUUGUAUGGUUAUCAUGGUGAAACCCAAGAAAAAUAUUUAAAAAUUACAAUGGCUUUACCAAAAUUAAUACCUGCAGCUAAAAGGCUUCUAGAAAGAGAAGUGGUGCUCCCUGCAUUUUCUACCCAUCAAUAUAAAAUGUUUGAAGCUAAUGUUGAUUAUGAUAUGCGCUUUAUGGUAGAUUUAAAAGUGGUUGGUUGCAGCUGGAUUGAGCUUCCUGCUGGUUCCUACUCUAUUCGUGAAGUCAAUUCUAAUCUAAAAAAACAUUCUAGAUGUCAAAUUGAAGUGGAUGCUGAUUUUCAAAAACUAAUAGCUUAUCCCCCUGAAGGUGAAUGGAGCAAAGUGGCACCUUUCCGCAUACUCAGCUUUGAUAUUGAAUGUGCUGGUCGUAAAGGAGUUUUUCCUGAGCCAGACAAAGAUCCUGUUAUACAAAUAGCUAAUAUGGUACAAAUAGAAAAUAAAAGAUUAAUUAGAAAUGUGUUUACAUUAAAUACCUGUGCGCCAAUAGUUGGUAGUCAAGUAAUAAGUUGUGAAAAAGAAAAUGUCAUGCUUGAAAAAUGGGCCGCCUUUGUACGAGAAUGCGAUCCUGACAUUAUUACUGGGUAUAACAUUAAUAAUUUUGAUUUACCUUACUUACUUAAUCGCGCAAAACAUUUACAUGCUAGAAAUUUCAAUUUCUUAGGACGUAUCAAAGAUACACAGUCUGUAAUAAGGGAACAAAUAAUUCAAAGUAAACAAAUGGGUCGAAGAGAAAAUAAAAGUAUUAAUAUUGAUGGCAGAGUUCCUUUUGAUUUAUUUUUGGUAUUAGUGCGAGACUAUAAAUUACGAUCAUAUUCAUUAAAUUCUGUCAGUUACCAUUUUUUACAAGAACAAAAAGAAGAUGUCCAUCACAGUAUUAUAACAGACUUACAAAAUGGGACUCCACAAACAAGACGUCGUCUAGCAGUUUAUUGUUUGAAGGAUGCUUUCCUUCCAUUGAAACUUUUGGACAAAUUAAUGUGCUUGAUUAAUUACAUGGAAAUGGCUAGAGUAACAGGUAUGCCAUUAGGAAGUCUUCUAACCGGAGGUCAACAAGCAAAAGUUGUAUCUCAACUACUCCGUCUUGCACAAGAAAAAGAUUAUAUUAUGCCUACAAUGACUAGUGGUGUGUCAGAUGAACAAUUUGAAGGAGCUACUGUAAUAGAACCCAUGAAAGGUUAUUAUGCUGAUCCAAUAGCAACAUUAGAUUUUACUUCUCUGUAUCCAAGUAUAAUGAUGGCACAUAAUUUAUGUUACACUACACUAUUGACUCAAAAAACAAUAAAUCUUUUAAAAUUGACUGAAAAUGAUUAUAAAAAAACCCCAUCUGGUAGUUACUUUUUAUCCAAUUCUUUACGUAAAGGUUUAUUGCCAGAGAUUUUAGAAAAUCUGUUAUCUGCACGUAAAAAAGCAAAAUUAGACUUAAAAUCUGAGACCGACCCAUUAAAAAAAAAAGUAUUAGAUGGUAGACAAUUGGCAUUAAAAAUGAGUGCAAACUCUGUGUAUGGAUUUACCGGAGCACAAGUUGGAAAGUUACCAUGUUUAGAGAUAUCAACAAGUGUUACUUCGUAUGGUAGAAUGAUGAUUGAACGGACCAAGCAAGAAGUUGAACAAAAGUAUUGCAUAGCAAAUGGUUAUAAACAUGAUGCUAUAGUUAUUUAUGGAGACACUGACUCUGUGAUGGUAAAAUUUGGAGUAAAAACUAUUGAGGAAGCAAUGGAAUUGGGACGUGAAGCAGCUGAAUAUGUGACCACAAAAUUCAUAAAACCUAUAAAAUUAGAUUUCGAAAAAGUGUACUUUCCGUAUUUGUUAAUCAACAAAAAACGUUAUGCGGGCCUUUAUUUUACACGACCCGACAAGUAUGACAAAAUGGACUGUAAAGGAUUAGAAACCGUACGCAGAGAUAAUUCACCUUUGGUUUCUAACAUGAUUAACACUUGUUUACAAAAGUUACUCAUUGAUAGAGAUCCUGAUGGUGCAGUGGCUUACGCUAAAGAAAUUAUUAGUGAUUUACUAUGCAAUCGAAUAGACAUAUCACAGUUGGUUAUCACUAAAGAGUUGACUAAAUCUGAUUAUGCUGCUAAGCAAGCUCAUGUUGAAUUAUCAAUAAAAAUGAAAAAAAGAGAUCCUGGAAAUGCACCUAAAUUAGGCGACCGCAUACCGUACAUUUUAACUACAGGUACAAAGGGUACACCUGCAUAUCAACGUGCAGAAGAUCCUAUAUUCGUUCUAGAAAACAACAUACCUAUUGAUUUCAACUAUUAUUUGGAAAAUCAACUUUCUAAGCCUUUAGUCCGUAUUUUUUCUCCAAUUCUUGGUGAUAAAGCAGAAUCUGUCUUGUUGAAAGGUGAUCAUACACGUAAAAAGGCCAUGGUAACAUCAAAAGUAAGUGCGUUAUCAGCUUUUACAAAAAAAAAAGAAGUAUGCUUGGGAUGCAAAAGUGUGUUGCCUACUGGUGAGGAAAGAAACGCAUUAUGCAAAUAUUGUAUGCUCAAACAAGGUGAACUGUAUUAUCAAGAACAUCUUAAAGUGAGUGACUUGCAAGAAAAGUUUUGCCGGUUGUGGACCGAAUGUCAGCGUUGUCAAGGAAGUUUGCACGAAGAAGUUAUUUGCACUAGUCGGGAUUGUCCAAUAUUUUAUCUAAGAAAAAAAGUGCAGAUUGAUCUAAAUGCUCAGGUGAAAACAAUGGAUCGUUUUGGAAACCCUAAUAACAAAUAG